AUGGCGCGGAGCGACGGCCAGGUCUGCAUAGUGCUGGCCGCUGGCUUUAGCAAUGUGGAGCGGGAGCUGGAGCAGGCAAGCCAUGGGCCGCUGCGGGAGCUCGCUGGGCUUCCGAAGGCGCUGCUCCCCGUGGCUGGCAAGCCGAUCCUGGACCACUGGUGGACAUACCUAUCGCAGCACAGGGCCGUCUCCGAGAUUUUCAUCGUCUGCAACGCCAUUCGCUACAAGCAGUUCGAGCGCUGGGCGACGGCCAAGGGGAUCGACGUCAGCCGCGUCGUGAACACGGGCGCCACGGCACCCCGCAGCGGCCGCGGGGUGCUGCGGGACGUGGAGCUGGGCAUCCGGCGCGCGCAGCAGACGCUCGAGGGGAUCAACAGAAGAGACGUGAUCGUGUUCGCGGGCGACACGCUCUUCUUCAAGGAUUUCGACCUGGGGCGCAUCCUGGACUUCCGCGCCUCGAAGGGCGGCUCGCUGCUGCUGUAUUACCAGAGGCGCGAGGUGGACAACCCGUCUCAGCGCGGCAUGUGCGAGGUCGACGGCAAGACGACGAAGGUGGUUUCUUUCGCCGAGAAGCCCGAGCCGCGCCAGCGCGGCCACGACUUCUCCUUCGUCUCCCCGCUGUUCUACAUCCUGGAGCCCCAUCGGCGUUCCGCGGCUCUGCUGCCGGCAGCCCUGGCAAUCUGCAGUGUUCUGGCCGCGCUCUGCCAGAUGUCCAGCCUCGCCUUCGUGCCAGCGGCGCAGCUCGCCCGCUCGCCCUCCGUGGCGCUGCGCGCCGAGGGGGGAGGGCUGAAGGAGAAGGAGGAGGUCAACUACGACCUGCCGUCGCCCGACACGUCCAUCCUGGGCAAGCGUUCAACCGUCGGCCAGACCAUCGACCAGGACAAGCGCGGAAACAUGUGGGCCGUCAUCUCGCCGACCAGGAGGCAGCAGGAGCAGGGCCAGUGGGACACCCCGAUCUUCUUUGCACUCCUCUUCGUGGGCACUUGGGCGCUCAUCGCGUUCUUCGCCGUGUGGACUGGCAACGACCCACGCUUCGGCGGCGGCAUUGGUGAUGGCGCUGGCGACUUUGGCAUCUGA